AUGAAGGGGGGGGACGACACCAAGAGCCGGGGGGGGGGGGCGGCGGGGCCGGGGCCGCUGCGGCCCUUUGUGUGCGAUCGGCAACGGCGGACUGGGGGGAGCGCAGGAACGCUGGAUCUGGGAAAGGAGGUGGGGGGGGGUGUCCAGGAACAACAGCUCCGGAUCCCGCCAUGCUGCACCCCCCGAGCACGCGUGUCCCCCCCCCAUCGCCCCCAUCCGGACCCCACGGCGGCCCCAGGCCCCCGUUAUCCCCGCCGGGGCCAUGGCGGGGGGGGCGGCGCGGGCACGGAGCUGCUGCGGCUCCGGUUCCGGCAGUUCCAGUACCGGGAAGCGGCGGGACCGCGGGAUGUUUGGCAGCGGCUGCGGGAGCUGUCCCGGGGCUGGUUGAGACCCGAGGUGCGGAGCAAGGAGCAGAUCAUGGAGCUGCUGGUGCUGGAGCAGUUCCUGAGCAUCCUUCCCGAGGACAUCCAGAGCUGGGUCUGGGUCCGGCACCCGGAAUCCUGCGCCCAGGCUGUGGCGCUGGCCGAGAGCUUCCAGCUGGGACAAGGACAUCCCGAGGGUGGGAUGUGGGAGCAGAAGGUGACAGUGAGGGUGAAGGUGGAGGAGGUGGCCCCAGGGGACAUGGAGGACCCUGAAGCUGUUGAGGACCCCCCAAGCGCCACGUCCGAGUCACCCCGUGUCCCCCAUGGGGACAAUUGGCUGCAGGAGGUGGCUUUGGGCAAGGUCAAGGUUGUCCCCAAGGAGGAACAUCAGGACACAGCAGGUCCCACCAUGGUGAGAAGAGACCCAGAAGGAUCCACUUUGGAACAUCAAAACCCUCCACAUCCAUCCAGCGCCCUCCAAGGUGUCCCCAGGGCCGGGACCUCCAACCAGCGACGAACCCACCGGCGACGGCUCCAACGGGCUCCCACCACCUUCCCACAGCCCCGCACCCGAGAUCCACCCGGACCAGCGGCAGAGCUGGAGCCAGAGGCCGAGAAGACCAAGGAGAACCCUUGUGUGAAGCCACCAACGGAGCUGGAUCCAGUGGCCAUGAGGAGCAUGGAGACCCCUUGUGUGAAGCCCCCAGUGGCAGAGAUGGAUCCAGUGGCCAUGAGGACCAAGGAGAACCCUUGGGUGAAGCCACCAAUGGAUCUGGAUCCAGCGGCCAUGAGGACCAAGGAGAACCCUUGGGUGAAGCCACCAAUGGAUCUGGAUCCAGCGGCCAUGAGGACCAAGGAGAACCCUUGGGUGAAGCCACCAAUGGAUCUGGAUCCAGCGGCCAUGAGGACCAAGGAGAACCCUUGGGUGAAGCCACCAAUGGAUCUGGAUCCAGUGGCCAUGAGGAGCACAGACAACCCUUGUGUGAAGCCAUCACUGGAGCUGGAUCCAGCGUCCAUGAGGACUGAAGAGAACCCUUGGGUGAAGCCCCCAGUGGCAGGGAUGGAUCCCAAGGCCAUGAGGAGCACGGAGAACCCUUGUAUGAAGCCCCCAGCGGCAGGGAUGCAUCCCGAGGCCAUGAGGAGCACGGAGCCACCAAUGGAUCUGGAUCCAGUGGCCAUGAGGACCAAGGAGAACCCUUGGGUGAAGCCACCAAUGGAUCUGGAUCCAGCGUCCAUGAGGACCAAGGAGAACCCUUGGGUGAAGCCUCCAGUGGCAGGGCUGGAUCCCAAGGCCAUGAGGAGCACGGAGAACCCUUGUAUGAAGCCCCCAGUGGCAGGGAUGCAUCCCGAGGCCAUGAGGAGCACGGAGCCACCAAUGGAUCUGGAUCCAGUGGCCAUGAGGACCAAGGAGAACCCUUGUAUGAAGCCCCCAGCGGCAGAGAUGGAUCCCGAGGCCAUGAGGAGCACGGAGCCACCAAUGGAUCUGGAUCCAGCGUCCAUGAGGACCAAGGAGAACCCUUGGGUGAAGCCCCCAGUGGCAGGGCUGGAUCCCGAGGCCAUGAGGAGCACAGAGCCACCAACGGAGCUGGAUCCAGGGCCCACCAAGAGCACGGAGAACCCUUGCGCGAAGCCUCCAGCGCAGCUCAAAGCCCGUCCCUUCCCUUGCCCCGAAUGCGGCAAGACCUUCGUGCGCUUGACCCACCUGAAGACCCACGAGCGGACGCACUCGGGGCUCAAGCCCUACGCGUGUGGGGCUUGCGGCAAGAGCUUCGGCCACCUCUCCACGCUCACCACGCACCAGCGGCUGCACACGGGCGAGCGGCCGUAUCCCUGCGGCUCCUGCGCCAAGAGCUUCACCAACCCCUCGGACCUGCACAAGCACCGGCGGGCGCACACGGGCGAGCGCCCGUAUCCCUGCGGCUCGUGCGGGAAGCGCUUCAGCCAACACUCCAACCUGAGCAUGCACCAGCGCAGCCACGGCCAAGCCCGGCCCUACCCCUGCGGCGCCUGCGCCAAGAGCUUCAAGUAUUCGGCGGACCGGAGGGUGCACGAGAGGUCCCACACGGGCGAGAGGCCCUUCGGGUGCCCCCGGUGCGGGAAGGGCUUCAGCAAUAAGUCGUCCCUAGCGCGGCACAUGCGGAUCCAUGCCAGGGAGGAGCAGUGAUGGAUGUGGG